GUCGGAAGCCCUGCGGAGAUCUCUACACCCCCGGCGAAGCGGCGGCGAUUGGAUGAUGUGGCCUCUGCUGAGAAGUCUUCUGAGAAGGUAUCUUCGCUUCGGGAUUUGAGCCGUGAGUGCUUCAGCAACCUGACAAAGGAUGCUUUCGUGUGCCCCCUCACCGUCUUGGAAGAAAGGUUUCCCUAUGCCUGGGUUGGCGAUGAUGUCCGCAUUCGCAAGAAGAACAUUGAAAGCCACCCCAUCUUCCAGGAUUACAUGGAGCACAACAAGACUCUCCAAAGCCCCUUCCAGUGGGAGAUGUGUACCAAUGAUUGUAUUCCGCACCUGCAGAACUACAACAACUUCCUGCUGCAGCUGCUGAACCCGAAGCCUGGCACCCUGAGCCGACGUGACACAGGCCUCAGCACCACGAGUGCGAGCCCGACACUGCCAGCAUCCUCGCCGAGCCCCUCGGAGCCACCGCCACGGCCGACGAGAAUGCCGAGACAGUUGUCAUCCCUCACCGUCACGAGCAACGGUGACGGCGCGACGGAAGUUGGGCCUCUGGGGUUGAAAGAUGAGAAAGGUCAGGUGAAAAGGGUCAAGGUGCUGUCGCCUGAGGAGAAAGAGGCCAUAAAGGCCAUGACCCACCCCAACCAGAUGGAUGCAGGGGAGCGGAAGCGUCAGAACGAAGCACUCCGACGCAAGUUCGAGUUUUUGAAGGCGUUCAUAUUGGACCCCGACAUGGAAAACAUCGAUGUGGAGCCUUGCUUCAAGGAGAUGUCGGAGCGCAAAACGGCGGACGUGUUCGUGGAAUUGCCGCUAGAGGAGCUCAAGAAGUCCUACACGAGCCCGGCCCAAGUUCGUUUUUUGACCGACGUCAUCUUAAAGCAGCCAGGGCGGCCGCACCCACAGGAUCCCUCCAACAACGAGAUGCGCCUCUACAAAGUCUACCAGACUGGAGUGGACAAAAGCUCGAAUGUGUCGCAGCUUUCAACCAAGCUGCGUGGCACGGCGCGGGUCGGGAAGAAUGCUGCAGCCAGAAAUGCCCUGGCGGAGUCCUUGGCAAGCAAGUGUGCAGAGAUGACGAAAAACUCCGGCAAGACUGACAAGCAGCCAAAGACGAAGAAAGACAAGAAGGCCUUACAUGAGCUUACGCACGACGAGAAGCAGCAGAAAGAGUUCGAUCGAGAUUUGCAAGCGUGCCCUGACUUUGACAGCCGUGCUCGAGUCGAAUGCUUUGUGCUGGAUGUCGUGAUGAAUGCUACCGUGCAAAGCUUGAAGUCGGUCUAUGGGCAGCUGAUGGAGCUGCAUGCAAGGGUCAAUGAGAUGAUCUUUAACGGCGGCACCUUCGAGAACUAUGCGUAUGUCUUGAAUACGGAGAAAGAGCGCUGUGAGGCGCCGGACUGUAGACUGUUGUGCGACAAACUCCCAAAUAAUCCUACUUAA